AUGAUCCUAGAAGAGGGCGACAAACGAAGUUACCGAUACAAGCGAAGAUGCGAGUGCCACGAAUUAGUUGAUCAGAAGAAGAAGAAGAAGAAGAAGAAGAAGAAGAAGAAGCGAUCGCUGGAACAAGGUCUUUAUUCGCCUUUUUCCAGCGAUCGCUUCUUCUUCUUCUUCUUCUGUUAAACGAAGUGUAGGUUGUCCCGAAUUUCGCCUUAUAGUUCCACGAAGUAGGGCGAGGUUCAGACAAGGGACAAAAUGUUUGGAAUACAGGCCGGCACUUAUGCAAAAUUUGCACAUUUAAAUGUGACCUAACUCCCAAGACAUGGACACCUAAAGCAUUGUGCGUGUGACUUCUUCGCGCAAAAUAUCUUUUUUCAUACAGAUCCUGUUUCUACGUAAUUUUUGAGGCAAAAUGUCCGUUAGUUUCAACGAAAAUCUACGUUACAUUAUCUUCGGGCAAUUUUCUAUGUUAAUUAUCACCUUAAACUGAGCUUGCGCACCAGAGCCUAGAGACAUCUAACCUGAAGCGUUCUACCAAACAAAACCUGCCGCACUUUGAUAUUGAUAUUCCCCGUCUAAGUCGGCCGAAACAGGACGUAAGCGGGCAGUUUUUUUGGAAACCCAGACUUUUCCGUCGAUGUUGAAAAUUCGGGCUUGUACUUUGGUGUGAUUUAUGCACUAAAAGCAGAACUAACGUCUGUAGGCAAUCCUUUGUCCAAAUGUAUCCAUAUCGUCUUGUCGUGUUGAAAUAUGCCAUAAGUAACCGUGGAAAGCCCAUAACCAAACGUCCAUUCAAGUUUCUGAGCAUAGAGUAUGAUAUUUUUGGGCCGUCUAGUCUCUGCUACAGUCAGUAACCUAUCUCAUGAAAUUUUAAUCUAAAUUCUGAGAUGCGUUGCCGAUUAGGCAGGAGUACUUAGAUAGAACUGCGUUAGUGAUCAUCCUGCGGUAAGGUCCCAUAAUAUUUUGGACUUGCCGGAACGUUGGCUUCUGAAUGGACUUCUCUGAGACUUCCUGUAAAAUCGGCGCUCGGUAAAAAGGGGUUGUUUAAGUGGUGAGAUUUUUCACAUUGAUUUUGAUGCCCCCGUAAAUUCAAGUGUAUUCUGUAAAAAGCAUUAACAAAAAUAUUAUUUUUUUGCACUCAGUUACUGGAAAAUAACGCCUUAUUUAAGGUUUAGUAUCAAACCACGCCUAAUUUAAAUUCUGCAUUCAAAAAACGCCUUUUGAUUUAAAAAGUCUUCCAGUUAUGAUAUUUUUUAAGACCGUGUAAUGUCUAUCAUGCACACAGCACCUGUACGUUUAUUAAUACUUCUCACGAAGCAUACACCAUAGUCCACGUCAAAUGAAAAAAUUCAUGAGCUUUACAUGAAAUCUUCUUAAAGACAUUGAAGGGGUAUAUGAUUUUCUUACGCGGAAAAGACACACUUUGUAGGCUGAAAACGCUAAACGUAAUUGCAAAAUCACAACGGACUCUAAACCAGCCAGGAAUUGAAAAGAAGAUGAAAACAGAAAGUACUCUUUCUUUGAACGUAAAAAUUAAAGGGAGCCUUAUUUUCUACCGAAUGGGUAGAAGUUAAAAUAUUGUAGUGCAUUUCUUUGAAAAAUGUGUUUGGAUAUGUACGGAUAUCGAAAAUCAAUGUGAAAAAAUCAUGCUAUGCAAACGACCACUUUUGCCGAGUUCUGUUUUUACAGGAGAUCGAAAAUUAGUGCAUUCAAAAGCCAAUGUUCUGGCGAGCCCGAAAUAUUAGGGGACUGUGCCGCGAGACGAUCAGUCUUACAACCACACUAAAGUCCUAAUCAGAAACGUAUUUCAGAACUUCGAUCAACAUUUCACGAGAUCAGUCACUGACUGUAAUACAUAAUUUAGAAACGGAAUGUGCUGAAGCGUUUAGUGUGACCUAUAAGGUCCCAUCGAGCUAUCCCAAACCACUGGGACAGCGCCUGUUAGCAACAGCAGAGGCGGCCGCCAUAAGGUUGUGAAAACCAAUCUUGUGCACUCUCACCCCGCCCCUGACACUGACUGCUAUUACCCCUCCCCCCACCCCACAUUCCCACACUCAGCCUGUGUUUUAAGGCGAACUUUAAUCGAUUUAUCUUAUUACUGACGUGCUUUUACUUCUACCCCCUUCCCAUAUAAUUGUACUGGCCCGACGAGAAUUUAUCGAAAGCUACGUAUGCUCGCCACCUCGUCUUCUGAUUACUGCUAUGGGAAUUUUCGCAACUCUAAAAAUAUUUUUGGAUAUAAAUGGAUAUCAAAAAUCAAUGUAAAAAAAUCAGACUACGUAAACGACUACUUUUGUCGCGUGCUGUUUUUAAAGGAGGUCGAAAAUAAGUGAGACAAUCAGUCCUUCAACCACACCAAAGUCCUAAUCAGAAACGCAUUUCAGAACUUCGACCAACAUUUCACGAGAUCGGUUAGUGACUGUAAUACCUAGUUUAGAAAAUGAAUGCGAAGAGUAUAGGCAGCUUCGGCAAUGUGCCACUAUUUGCACGGCCACUCUAUUGUGCAUUUAUAAUCGCAAAACGAAGUCUAAAAGAGGGUCAUGAUGGUAAAAAUGGCCCCAAAUAUAAAGGGGAAAGUGCGUUCUUUUGUUUGCAAAAGAAGGAUAGGCUGAGUUUUCCAGUGAAGUGCAAAGCCAUUCAAGAAGGUUAAUUUUUUGACCUUAGAGGAAACUAAAGUACGUAAAGAUACAGCAGCUCAGUAUCCUAUUGAAGCGUCCUCUGUUAAGGCAACUUGUUGGCGAAGGCUUAUCGACUGACAAAAGGCAUACGCGAUUCAUACCUUCGCUUUUGACAUCCAUUCCAUGUAGAUGGGGAUGUGUAUGUUAGCAUGUAUAGUAACUAAUCUUUGAAACGAAAACGCAUUUCGAGACUUCGGUUAGCAUUUCAUGAGUCAGCACACCUACUGUAUAUACACAUGUAGUAGAUGCGCUAUCUCACAAAAUGUUAACAGAAAUUCGACAACAGUAGAGUGAAAAACCACAUCUAACUGUCGCUAGACUGUGGAUUGUGUCUCAUGGGCUUUUAUCUUGGCAUCCAUUUGCAGGCCAUUACAGACGUUACAACAAUUACUCCCCAUGACCUCAAACCAUUACUUAAACUCUGUUAUCCUUUGAAAAUUUAUUUAUCAAAGCGCGCAACAAGACUUUCAGCAGAAACCUAAAUAAUUCCUGUGCUUUUUGAGUUUCGUCAGCUUACUGUCUGGCGUGAUGCCUCAUACGUAGAAGCCCGAUUACCACAAUUCCCGUAUGACACGAUCUACAGUCUACCGACAACUAAUUGGAGUCCCUCAGUCUACCGUUGUCCGAAAUUCCGACACGCCUUUGUAAUUCAAAAAAUCGCUCAAGCACGAUUGUCGCUUCAUUACAAGAUAUCCCAGUCAAGCCAAGAUGUCGGCUUUCGAACGAGCUUCUUAUCGGCUGCUUGGGUGAACAACGUUCCUUAAAAAAUCUGUAUAUAAAUAGGAGGAAUUUUCCCCAUUGAAUUUCGAUGCCUUUAUAAAUUUAAAUAUAUAUAUUUUUUAAAAGCGCAUAAAAAAUUUUUCUUACCCAUACUCAUGUGGCACCAAAUUACGCCUUCGUCAAAUUUUAUUCCUGAUAAAUGAAUCAUUCGAUUUGAAAAAAUUUCCCGAUUUCCGAAUGAUUGUGAACCCGGCUUACUGUUACACGUACAUUCAGAGUUUCCGAACUUCAAGUUGUAUACUUUCCAUACGGGGAAUGUCAUAUUUUUCUGUACUUCUCUAAGAAGAAGUCAUAUAGCACUCAUAAAGUUUCGUAAUGAAUAUGGACCAUGCUGUCUAUUUUAUGAGAGGUACUAAUAAAUUUUCCGAUACAGUGCUACAUGAUCGGACAUUUCACGGUCUUGAAAAAUCUCAUAAUUAGAAGCCAUUUUAAAACCAAAAGAUAUAUUUUUCGAGUAAAAAAACUUGUAGAAUAUUAAUUCGUACCAAAGGAGCAGAAAAAUAUUUUUGUUUUAAAAACUUUUCAAUCUCUGGGCAAUUAUAAAGCCGACGUACCGCUACGCUUCCAUUUAGGGUUUCCAACCAACCAGAUGUGCUCCCUUUAUAAUGAAAAAAUUGCACAUUUCUAUACGCUGUUAAAAAGUGCCAUAUAGGGCCCGUAUAAUUUUGUGAUGGAUAGUCACGUGCUGAUGCGACGCAGUAUGACUGAACAUGUAGCGAUUUAAUAAAAUCUCAUAACUGGAAGCUUUCUUAAAACUAAACAUCACUAUUUCUUUAAAAUGAAAACCUGAACGAGACGUAAUUUGCUACCAAAUAUUUGCAAAAGGUUUUUUUAUGUAAGUUUUCUAUAAAAUACGUUCGAAUUCAUGGGAACGCCAAAAAUAAAUGGGAAACACUCAUACCACUUAAGUAGCCAUUUUUGCAGGCGGCCAGAACGGAACUCGUACGAAAGUCGGCAUUCUGACGUGGCUGAAAUGUCCUUGGAUUAGACUUUACGAUCAUUAAUACUACAUUUCUACUUAAGCAAUCUUUUUAAAUGAAAAAUGAAUUUCAGAAUUUCGUUUAACAUCUCAUGGAAUAUUACACCUACUAUAGUUGUUUUUGUGCCUGAUACAGGCCAGACGGGGGUCCACACCGCGUCAGCCAUUGAGUCCACUACCACCGCCAGUCGACUUGACUUUCAUUUUUCCCUCGCAUAUGGUCAGGCCUAACCAGCUGGGAUGAUGAUGAUGAUGAUGAUGAUGAUGAUGAUGAUGAUGAUGAUGAUGAUGAUGAUGAUGAUGAUGAUGAUUAUGAUUAUGAUGAUGAUGAGCAUUUGAAUUAUUACGAUGCGGCGGCAGUCGUGGAUUUGAAGGUUGUAGAGUGA